AUGCGCGAUCGGCCAGCGGCGGCGAAUAAUAAAGUGACAAAGAAGACGCGAAAUGGACCUCGCGGCGCAAACGCGAAAGCGAGGUCCGCAAAGCGAGCUCGAAAAUUCAACGACGAAUUGAAUGAUAACAGCACAUCCCCAGACCCUAGCGUCGCAUCCGAAGUAGAAGAUGAAGCCAGAACCGUGGAUCAAUCCAAGUCAUCCAAGCAGACACGAGGCCGACCAAAGGCAUCCAAGGAUCGAGAUGAUUCAAAUGGAGACGAUAUCCGACGACAGCUUUCCGAAUUAAAGAGGAAAUAUUCAAAACUGGAAGCAAGUUAUCAGGAGCUUCAGGAGCUAGGCGUGAAGAAGGCCGAACAAAACUUUGAGCUACUCAAGGCGCAAGCCGAGGAAAACACGAGAGCUGCCAAUGAGUUGAUCGCGCAACUCAAGGAAGAGGUAGCCGAGCAAUCGAAAUCUAUCCAGCGAGCAGAGAAGGUGCAGGCACAGCUAGGCCAGAGCGAGACCGAGGCAGACACUUUGCGCGCCCAGCUGGCGGAGGCGAACAAGUCACUAUCCCAGGCCAAAUCCGAGACGAAGACGCUUUACACAAAACUGGCAGCAAGCAGGCAAAUCGAACCAAACAUUAAAGGAUCUGCGUCUGGGAACCGGGCGGCGCUUGCGGAAAAGGAAAACAAACAGGUUGCUCAUAUCAAAGAAGAUUUGUACGCUGAUCUGACGGGCCUUAUCGUCAGAGAUGUGCGCCGUAUUGACAAGGAAGACGUCUUUGACUGCAUACAGACUGGGCGCAACGGAACUCUCCACUUCAAGCUUGCGCUCGAGGAUAUGGACUCAGCCGACAGCUACGAAGAUGUGCAAUUCGCAUACCGUCCACAACUAGACGCCAGUCGCGAUGGUGAUUUGAUAGAAGCUCUCCCCGACUACCUCACUGAAGAGAUUACGUUCCCGCGAAAUCAGGCGCCCAAAUUCUAUGCCAGAGUAAUAAAGUCACUAAUGGAGCGUUUGGAUUAG